AAUAACACAUUAAAAAGUCCUCCAGAAAAGUGGCAUGGGGCUGGUCGCCGCAGUGUGCCGUGUAUGGUCAAAGAUAUUGGUUAACAUGUGUUCAAGUGUUUUGUCGACGAACGUUUUUUGUAACUUAUUAAUAAUUAAUAUGGAUACAAUUCUAUAAUUGACGAAUGAUUUUAAUUUUAGAGUUCGCGGUUCAAAUAAUAUAAGUAUUAUGCAAGCUUGUUGUCACGAUCUUUUAUUGCAAAAGAAUUAUUUUGUAUUGAAAUCGUUUUAUUCAAGUAUCCGCACUUCCCUAUCAUGUUAUUAAAAACGAGAUUUGCGCUCUGCCAGCUCAGAUGGUUCUCGAGUAAAGUAACAAUUAAGCUAAACGAAUCAUUCAAUGCUCUGCUUGAAAGCAGCGAAGCAAGACAUAGGAAACAUCCAGGGAUCGUUGCAAGAAAUGUAAUUCAUUUACCUAAACAUAUUUUAAAAGCUAUGGACAUUGUUUUGGAAGAUGUUCCAAAUAAGCCUUCAAUACUUGAGGAGUGUGUACAAUUUAAGAACCAUCUACAUGGUCGCCAUAUACCUGUAGAAGAAAAUGAAUCAAGGGAAAAGUAUGAAACAAUACAGCAGCAUCUAAUGAGGAAUAUAAGGAUAGACAAUUUAUCAGAUGCGGAAAUUGAGGCCUUGGCUAAGAAAAGUCGCCCAAAGGCUUUGAAAAUGUUAAAAAAGUACACUAAUAUGUGGAAAGCCAUAAAUUUUGACGCGCACAGAAGUUUGUUAUAUAUGAUUGCAAGAAGUUCCCAAGACUAUGCAGUAUUGUAUUCGAUUUUUGAUGAAAUUCGCACCCGUGAUAAGAAUUUCAAACCAGAGACGGUACUUGAUUUUGGUUCUGGAAUCGGGACUACCAUGUGGGCAACAAAUGAACAGUGGCCAAACAUCAUUAAGGAGUAUAUGAAUGUAGAUAUUUCUCUUGACAUCAGCAAUCUAUCAGAAACAAUAAUGAAAAUCGCUCAUCCAAAUUUUAAUGGAAUUUUUUAUCGACAGUUUAUGCCUAUGUCGUUAAGACCUAAUUAUGAUAUCGUCGUGAGCGCAUACUCUUUAAUAGAGCUGCCGAAUGCCAAAACAAGAUUGGACGCAGUUAUGAAACUUUGGAAUAAAACGAAGAGUUAUUUGGUUAUUGUCGAAAACGGAAAUAAUGCAGGAUUUAAUCUUGUGAAUGAGGCGAGAGAUUUCGUCUUACUCCUUUCAAAUUCGUCCAGUGAAGCAGAUAACAAGGAUGUGACCCACGCAUUUGCUCCAAUUUUUCAGUGUCCACACGAUCUAGCAUGUCCACGAUUAUCUGCAGACAAUACUCCUUGUAAUUUUGAAGUAGGCUAUACUUCUUCACCUUUGAUAGGCAAUGUGACCACACAAUCUGAACGUUAUUCAUACGUGGUAUUAAAAAAAGGAACCAGAUCAGAAACAGAUGGCGAUUGGCCUCGUUUAGUUAGGCCAACUUUAAAGCGAGGGAAACACGCAUUUUGUCGAAUGUGUUGUAGUUCUGGAAAUUUAGAAGAGAUCAUUUUCACUCGCUCGAAACAUGGAAGGAACCUUUACCGCUGCGCAAGGGUCAGUAGAUGGGGUGAUCGACUUCCAGUCGUAAAAAAUAUUGAAAGUAAUGCAACUAUCGAAAACGAAAGUUCGAGCGGAGACAAGGAAGAAAGUGAAGGUAGUUCAAAAAAAGAGUAAUGAAUGUGUUUGUGAUCUCUUGUGAUUUUUAUAAUGAAAAUUGAUGUUAUAUUUAUCUGCAAUGGUAAGUUCGAUUUAUGUACAGUUUCAAUCCUUGUUAUAAUAUGUCAAUAAACACUUUCAAAGUUCUUAAA